AUGGAUUCCUCCGGCUUCAAGGCGACCCUUGAUGAGAACAGCAAUGACAACAACCGAUACAAAUACACUGAGGAGGAUGUCCUUCGCGACCUUGGACUCCUUGACGCGGAGGAGUCUGAAAACCAACAACAAAGGCGCCCCUCCCCACAAGGCUCCUUCGCCGGAAACAUCAUGCCUAGUGCGCUUCCGUUGGGGCGUAAGGCCAGCACGGCGGGUGUUACUGGAGACGCUCUCGGAUUGUAUCAGCAUCAACCUGACCCAAGCGGUUAUUUCGGUGCCUCGGAACUCUCUCAACACCAUCCCAGCACAUUUCCACCACCAUUUCUACCAACCACCGCACCCGCUAUGGCUUACAGUCCUCCUGUCCAGUUACCUGCGCCCAGUUUAGCUCCUACGGUUGUUUACAACCACCUUUCAUCGUCACCAGAGCCCACGGAACCCGUUCCUCCACCGGCCCCAUCGAAUCGUCCUCACCGUCGCCUCUAUCAAGCCUGUCAAAGCUGCCGUGAGCGCAAAGUCAAAUGUGAUCUGGGCAGUGUCGAUGCUCCCCGGGAUCCUCCCUGUAAACGAUGCUUGAGGGAGCGGCUGAAAUGUGAAUUCGCGGCGACAAGAAAGAAAGACAAGGCGGACAGGGACAAGGAUAAGGACAAGGACGAUUCGAGGCCACUGAAGAAAUGGAGGAAAAGAGAUGCUUCAAACGACGCUGAUUCAUCUGUCAUGAGCGAUGGCUUGCCGAACUAUGGUCUCACGCAAGGCAAUGGCAGUCAGUCGACCUCGCCUUCCGGCGCGACAAAUGGAUUCACCCGCCCGACCUGGGGCUCUCGGCCAUCGGUCACGUCCCAACCUCGCGACGAUUCACUCCGGAAUCGGAACAUGUCCCUCUUUCAACCUUCGACCUCUCAGAAGAAUCCGUCCGGUGUUCAUUUACACAGUCAAGUGGCCGCCGCGACCCUGGGUGCGCCGGUGGCCAGCACUCAGGAUAGCAUCCUGUUACUGGUCGAUGCGGCAAAUGCCUUCAACGAGAGUACUACUACUCCUCACGACCAAGGAAGCCCACUCUCUGAACGCGGCACGGCGGGACGGAAGAGAGCAUUCUCCAGCCUUGGCCAUGGAGGGCCGGAUGCCCCAAGCGACGUGGGCUUUUCUCCUCAAGAGCAAGCGGAACAACAAGCGGGUUUGAAAGCUUGGUCCCAGAUGCGCUUUGUUCGAAAUGGGUGGUUCACAGCCUGGGAAGCCAUGCAAUAUGUCGAAUAUUUUUACGAUCGACUCGCUCCCAUGACGCCAGUGGUAUUUCCUGACUUCCGAUCGCCUUACAAACACCAGGCUCUCUUGGUCGAGGAGCCGAUCUUAGCGCUCGCUAUUCUGGCUAUUGCUUCCCGCCACCUGCGUCUUUCUGGCCAUGCCGCCGGGUCGCGAUCGUACGCCAUUCACGAGAAUUUGUGGAAUAGCCUGCGUCGUCAGGUGGAACGCCUUCUUUGGGGCCAGGAACAAUUUGGUGGCGGAUUUUGUGGAGGUGGCAGUACUGCAAAGAUCCGGGAGUCGAACAGUGGGCAGAUUACCUGGAAAGGCAGUCUGAGAACCCUCGGAACCAUCGAAGCGCUUUUGAUCCUGACCGACUGGCAACCGCGCGCUCUGCAUUUCCCACCCAAUGGUGAAGAUCAUGGCUUGCUCGACCAAAGCCUCACGAUGUCUUCCGAUAUGAACCAUAACGUCUCUGCACCGGACGAUCAGCCCACCGGCCGCACUCGAGAUUACGAAAAUCUUCCGUAUGCAAGCUGGCUCGAGCCUGCCUGGAGAUCUGAUCGAAUGUCCUGGAUGCUUCUCGGGUUGGCCCAGAAUCUCGCCUUUGAACUCGGUGUCUUUGAUAACAAUCACUUCCACUGCCGCCAUCAGCACGGCCCUGACUCGGAAUGCGCACGAAAGAGACGUAUCCGAAACCUUCUCCUCGUCUAUGUGGCACAAACGAGCGGCCGAAUGGGCAUCCAAUCGUCUUUGAAUGUGGAAGACUGGGAAACCGACACCACCUGGGACGAGACGAGCAAAACCCAACGUCAAGGGAGAGGUGAACAUCCACUCGAUAUCAUGCAAGCCUGCUGGGUUCACAUUGCCCGACUCAUGAACCGAGCCAAUCGUGAAGUCUUUCCAUCUCAUCAAUUUACUCGAGAGCUCACCACGAGCGGAAGAUACAAAGAUUCCAUUGCGACCUUUGCGCUCUUGCUCCAGAACUGGAAGACGGUGUUUGAACAGUCCAAACCAUAUAUUCACCCAGUGAUGCAGAGUAUUCUGACCAUGGAAUAUGAGUAUGCGCGGUUGUACAUCAACUCACUGGGUCUUCAGAACGUCGUGGAAUCUUGGGUCGAAGGCGGCUCCACCAUCCGCAAAGCGACACUGGCAAAGAUUGCAGAAGAUAACAAGCCUUACAUUGAUGAAGUGACUGAUGCCGCACUCAACAUCCUCGGCACGGUGGUCGACGGCAUGGCCAGCAAAGGCUAUCUCAGAGAUGCCCCGGUUCGAACCUAUCUCCGCAGUUUGUCCGGCAUGAUGUUCACCCUGAAGCGCUUCAGCUUAGGGACUCACGAAAGCUUAGUUCGACGAUGCCUUCAACAGCUCGAAACGGUCACCAGCGCCAUGUCGAAAGAAGUCGUAGACGAUGUUCACCUUUCCUCAUCGACAUCUCGCCUGGUGCAGAACAUUGUCCGCAAUGUGACACAGACCUUGAUUCGCGUCCAACAACCUGGGACUGGAUCGGCCGGUCCCAGUCGUGAACAAUCACGUCCACAAUCUCCACAUGGUCAUAAUGAACCUGCCACCGAAAAUCAGCAGCCGCCAGUUCAGGCAAUGAAUCUGACUCCACUCAGUCCGGAACACCACGACAUACGUGAUCCUCUGGCAGGUAUUCAGGCGAGACCGAUGGCAGAACUGGAGUCACAGGUGUUCGUGCCGCCUCCCAACUUCAAUGGAGAUGGUCAGGAUCUGGACCCUACCUUACCAGAUGAUGCCAACCUCGACCCGGCGAUGGGGAACUUUUCUAUGGACUGGUUUGCGCUGCCACUGGACAACCUCUUCCACAAUGACGAGGCCACGGUCGAUCAAGGUUUCGGAGGGAUUGGUCCGACCGUGGGGGCUCGGGACAUGCUCGAACUCAUCACCAAUCGAGACUACAACCAGAUGCAGUGGAAUGGCAGUCAAUCGUUUGGAAUGGACACGUAG